GGACGAGCCGCGGCUCCUGCCGCUGCUGGGGGCGCGGGUCUGCGGCGGCGUGGUGGGUCGCCUCCUGCCCGGCGCCCGCUCGGGCCCGGCCGCUGCCGGCGAGGGCGGCGGGGCCGCCGGUGACCUGCUCUGCGAGGUCCUCGCCACCGGCGCGGGCACGGCCGCCGCCCACGUGCAGCGGCCCGCCGCCGAGCUGACCUUGAAGGACGACGCCGUGGAGCAGAUGCUCCUCCUCGAGUCGCGGCGCCAGGACGAGGCGCUGCUCCGCUACCAGCGCCGGCUCUGCGGCCAGCUCAUGGCCGGGCAGCGCCGCCGUUACCUGGGCCUGCCGCCCCCGUGAGCCGAGGGCGUCCCCGCCGCGCGCCCGGUCGGCCAGCACAGGGGGCCUCCCCGAAGCCCUUUCCGAGCAGUGGCGAAGCGCCCCGGGCUGCCCAGAGGCUCAAGUCGGGCGGUUCCUUAGGUCAACGCCCCGACUGUACUCCCGUACUGCGCGCCACCAAAACUCAGCGGCCGGCUGGGCUGCGCGACAGGGUCCGUGCCGACCCGGGUCUGUGCUGACCCGGGCCAGUGCGCCCCCGAUUUCCACCCUGUCUCUUCCUCUGACCAUCGUCGCGCCCAGGAGCGCGGCGGGCAGGUCGGCGCGCGCCAGUGGUAGACUGUGUCCCCCGGUGCCGCCAAGCCUGCUGUGCAGCAGAUGCGGGCCAGCCGCAGCCGGGGGGGAGCUGCGGACCUGACCCCCCCGCCGCCCGGGAGGCCAUCGGCUUCGCAUGCCCUCUCGAGAGGUCAUAUUCGGGACCGCAGCUCACCCAGCUGUGGAUGGCACGAUGUGGCAAUGCAAGGGUUAAGAGUAUCCCCGUGGCUCUAGGUUUGGAAGUUUGCUCCCGCUCUCCGUAGGGGCUCUGCCGGAGUGUACAUAACGAUGAUGGGCGGGACAUUUGGUUCCCCCUCUCCGUGCGGAUGUGGUGAGCAUUGUAUUGGGUGGUUCCCCUGGUACAAUAGUGUACAAAUAUGAAGACCGGCGGUCGCCGGCAGCCUGGGGAUAUUUUCUCCCGCACAUCAGUUGCUGCGCAUUCGAAUGGUAAAGAGCGUGCAGGUGUACGGCAUUGCCUGUGGGUCCCAAGAUCUCACAUGCCGCCGCAAGCGUUCUGAU